AAUGUAUGAACAGAGCUAUUUACACUCAAUUCGAGCAUGUUGUGUGGAAAAUGAAAUACGACGCGCGCGCGCGUUUUCAAUCCCGCUAUUUUCAUGUUGUUUACAUGUAAACAUGAAUAUUUGGUAAAGUUUUCUUUUAAAAACUAAAGUUUCAUUUUUUUCUGAUUUUCAAUAAAAAAAACUAUUCUAAUAGAAACAAUGAAUUCGAUUAAGAAACGUAAACAUCCUAUUGUUGAUGUCAGUGAUGAAGACGAUGAUGAUUUCAAUCGAAAUUCUCGAAAACAUGAAUCAAAAAGCAGAAAAAAAUCUGCACCUGAACUUGGUAAGAAAAAAUUGAAACGUAUCGUUUUGGAAUCAAGCAGUGAUGAAGAUAAUAAUGUAAUCGAUACAAAUAUUAGUGAUUCAAUUAAUGAUAUUAAAAAAGAUGCUAAAAUCAGAGCACGAAAUUUAGCUGCCGGUAAAGCUGAUCUAGAUGUUGGCAAAUCUUCUGCCUCAAAAUCAAAAUCACCGAAAAUUUCACCACCUGAUCAAAAGAAUAAAAUUCUUAAUUAUUUUAAACCUAAAAAUAUUGAUUCGAAUGAUACUAAACAAGAAACGAAAAAACAAUCAAACGAAACGAAAAAAGUUGAAACAAAAAUCACCGAUGAUGAUGGUUAUACAUAUACCACAGUUAAACCAUAUAAAUCCAGUUCAACAACGACAAAAAUCAAUAAACAUGAAAACUCUGAUCAUAUAAAAAAAUCAAAUGAUAAGAAUUCUCAUCCGAAUGAAUCGAUCGAGAAAAAAAUGAAGCAAAAAAUUGAUGAUUCUCUUGAUAAAAAAUCCCAGAUUAAAGAUGUUGAAAAAACUAAAGAAAAGUUAGCCGACAAAACAGGUGAUAAUAUGACGGCAAUCAUUACAAAAUCAUCAAAUAAGGAAUCACCACGUAAAUCGGAUAAUCAGCUUAAUAACAAUGAAAAAGUUAUCAAAGUCAAAGAAUCACCAUCGAAAAAUAAAUUGUUGAAACAGGAAAAAUCACCCAAAAAAUCCAAAUUAACAAGUUUACCAAGAAUAGUCGAAACACAACGAGUCUCUGAAUUAUGGGUAGAUAAAUAUAAACCAACUAGUGUAAAACAAGUAAUCGGUCAACAAGGUGAUCGUAGUUCAUUGAAUAAAUUGAUAAAAUGGCUACGUAAUUGGCAUUCAAAUAUUGAUAAAAAACCAGGAUUCGGUAAAUGGGGACCAGAUGAUGGUGCAGGAUUUCGUGCUGCAUUACUUAGUGGUCCACCGGGUAUUGGUAAAACAACUACAGCACAAUUAGUAUGUAAAGAAUUGGGCUAUGAUUAUCUGGAAUUGAAUGCAUCGGAUCAACGAAAUAAAAAAUCAUUGCAUGAAAAUGUUCGUGAUUUAUUGAAGAAUACAAAAUUGACCGAUUUUUUCAAAUCAACAACUAAUACCAAUGAUCAUGAUGAUAGAUCUAUUGAUAAUGAACAAAAACUUACCUCAAAACAUUGUCUAAUAAUGGAUGAAGUAGAUGGUGUUUCGGGCAAUGCAGAUCGUGGUGGUAUUGCCGAAUUAAUACAGUUAAUCAAAUCGACAAUGAUACCGAUUAUUUGUAUCUGUAAUGAUCGUGGUGAUCAGAAAAUGCGUUCAUUAGUUAAUCAUUGUUUUGAUUUACGAUUUCAUAAACCAAAAUUAGAACAAAUUAAAGCAACAUUAAUGUCGAUUGUAUUUAAAGAAAAAAUGAAAAUUGCUCCAGAUGUAUUGGAUGAUUUAAUUGUUUCAUCCAACUUUGAUAUCCGUCAAUGUAUUCAUAAUCUUUAUUUACUUUCCAUACAACAAUCAUCAUCAUCAUCAAAAGUUUCAAAAUUGAUCAAUAAUAAUCAAGAAAAACCGAUAAAGGAUGUUCGAUUGACACCAUUUGAAGCUAUACGAAAAGUAUUUUGUACUGGCCGAGAUUAUGCUUUGAUGUCUUUGGAUGACAAAUCAAAUCUAUUUUUCUGUGAUUAUUCAAUAAUGCCAUUAUUUGUUUAUGAGAAUUAUAUUUCAAUCAAUUUGUCUAGUAAACAGCCUAGUGUUGGUAAACAAUUAAAACGAUUAUAUAAAUCAAUUGAUUCAAUAUCCCAAUCGGAUUUGAUUGAAAAAGAAAUACGUUCAAAUCAAUCAUGGUCUUUAUUACCAUUGCAGGCAAUAUUUUCAACAGUAAUGCCUGGAUCAUAUAUGCGUAGCGAAAAUGGUCUUGGUUGUCCACAAUUUCCACAAUUUAUGGGCAAAUUAUCAACAACAAAUAAAAAUAAUCGUAUCAUUGAAGAAUUAUCAUCACAUUUAAAAUUAUCAGUGAAUGGAUCAAAACAAUCGAUUAUUAUGGAUUAUUUAGAACCAAUCAAAAAUACAAUUAUUAAUUCAUUGAAAAAUUUGGAUAAAGAAUCGGCUAUUACGAAUGUAAUCGAUUUAUUGGAAAAUUAUUCAUUAACAAAAGAAGAUAUGAAUUCGAUAUUGGAAUUUUGUGUUUGGUCAGGUGAACAAGAUCCAAUGAAAACGAUUGAUUCAAAAAUGAAAGCAGCAUUAACACGUGCUUAUAAUAAAAAAGAUUUCACCCUACCAUAUGCACGUGAUAGUGAUUGUCGUAAUGUAACAACAACAAAAUCUGGUAGAAAAAAAGGAAAAAAUAAAAAUGAUUUGGAUGAUGGAUCACAGGAUGAAUCAAUGGAUGAUCAAUUCAACGAUGAUAAUGAUAAUGAAGUUAUGGAUUUUUAUUGAAAAAAAACAAACAAAAUGAAUAAAAU